UCUGCCCUCGCCUCCGGCCCGGCGCCGCUCGCAAGCCCGUGCCUCUGCAUCCUGCGGCCGCCUGCUCCUCCUGCCCUCGGAUGGAGGGCUCUGAGGAGCUGGAAAGCAGCCUCCUGACUCAGCCCUGGGCUUCUGUUCGCUUUGGCGAGUCCACUUUUCUUGCCAAAGUGUGCUUCGUGGACACUGGCUAUAUUCUGCUGAUCUCUGACCUCAGCAGUGUCUGGUACGAGAGUGCAGAUGCCGAAGCUGUGGGACAAAGGUCCAAGGAGCUGAACAAGCGGCUGACAGUUCACGUGUCCUCCUUCCUGAACCACUUGUGCAACCUGAUGUGCCCCUUGCUGGCAGGGCGGCCGAGUGCCACCACCUCCUUCUCCUGCCACCACUCUCCCAGUGGCCUCAGGCUGCACGUCAAAAGCGAGCUGUCAGGACUGCCCUUCUACUGGGACUUCCACUGCUGCCCUGCUCCCUUGGAGAUGGUGUUCCGUCACCUCGUGCGGCCCCUGAUUCAGAUGAACCUGGUGCUGCAGUGCCAGGUGCAAGAGCUGACUUCCCUGCUGCUCCAGAAGGAUGCUGAGAUUGAAGAUUACAGGGAGAGUGGGGCCACUCUCAGCAGAGACCGCCUGCGGACAAAACCCUUCCAGGAGGAGACGUUUCAGCAGAACUUCAUGGCUGAGCGCUGCAAGGACCGCUUGAACUCCCUGGCCAUCUCUGUCAUGAAUCAGUGGCCAGGGGUGAAGCUGAGAGUGACGGAGGGCUGGGAUGAGGAUGGGCACCACUCGGAAGAGUCGCUACAUUAUGAGGGCCGAGCUGUGGACAUCACAACCUCGGACAGGGACCGCAACAAGUAUGGCAUGCUGGCUCGCCUGGCCGUGGAGGCUGGCUUCGACUGGGUCUACUACGAAUCCAAGGCACACAUCCACUGCUCUGUCAAGUCAGUCCCUUAG